CCCACACCAUACAGAGCUAUCCUUUUGAAGCGGACAUCCGAUCCUCUUCCACUGCUGAGGUUGUACAAGCAACUCAUUAAAAGAGUUCCACAAUACAAUCCCAUCUAACAUUACAAUACCACACCGUGAGGACUGCGUGCCAGGAUCAUUUGAUUUGCAGAUGUGAACUCUGCCGCUUUUAGACUUUGUGAAUCAUAUAUCGUUUUUGCGCACGGAAACAAAAGUAUCAAAAUAAUGGCAAUCCUGAAUCAUUUUACGACAGCGUGCUGGAAGAAUUUGCAAUGCAACCGGUUAAAUAAGCAGCUGUUUUUCAUUUUACGCGCCUUGCACAAGUCAGCAGCCAGCAAGGGAUUUGGGAUCCCCACGGCUGGAGAAAAGGCCAUGCCUGAAAGGUUGAUCACACCGGCAGAUGUCGGCAAGAAAACCAGAAUCAAGACCCUGAAGGAGAUGCCAGGACCCAGCGCCCUAUCCAACUUCAUUGAGUUCUUCUGGAGAGACGGGUUUAGCAGAGUUCAUGAAAUUCAGAUGGAGCACAGGAAGAAGUAUGGCAAAAUAUUCAAAUCCCGUUUUGGGCCCCAGCUGGUGGUCUCAGUGGCGGACCGUGACCUGGUGGCUGAGGUGCUGAGGGCCGAGGGCGUGGCCCCUCAAAGAGGUAACAUGGACUACUGGAAGGAGUACAGAGACAUGAGAGGCCGUUCCACUGGCCUCAUCUCAGCUGAGGGAGAAGAUUGGCUAAAGAUGCGGAGCGUGCUCAGGCAGCUGGUCAUGCGUCCCCGUGAUGUAGCAGUCUUUUCUGAUGAUGUGAACCAAGUGGUAGAUGACCUCAUCAAGAGAGUUGCUAUUCUGCGCUCCCAGGAGUCUGACGGAGCAACUGUUCUCAACGUGAAUGACCUCUUCUUCAAAUAUGCCAUGGAAGGUGUGGCAGUCAUUUUGUACGAGUCCCGACUAGGCUGUUUGGAAAAUGAGAUUCCCCAGGAAACCCAAGACUACAUCGGUGCUCUGCACCUCAUGUUCAGCUCCUUCAAGACAACCAUGUAUGCCGGAGCGAUCCCCAAGUGGCUCCGACCGGUCAUCCCCAAACCAUGGGAGGAGUUCUGUUUCUCCUGGGAUGGCCUCUUCAAAUUCAGCAGUAUUCAUGUUGACAAGAGGCUCGCAGAGAUUAAGGCCCAACUUGAGAGGGGAGAGGAGGUGAAGGGGGGACUGCUCACACACAUGCUCAUUACCAAGGAGAUGAGCACUGAGGAGAUCUACGCCAAUUUUACGGAGAUGCUACUGGCUGGGGUCGACACGACAUCCUUUACUCUUUCAUGGGCCUGCUACCUGUUAGCGCGGCACCCUCAAAUACAGCAGCAAAUCUUUACGGAAGUGACGGAGACCCUGGGACCUGGAGCAGUCGCCACAGCAGACGAUGUCCCUCGUCUUCCUCUCAUCAGAGGGCUGGUCAAAGAGACACUCAGGUUUUUUCCAGUUCUCCCAGGCAACGGACGGAUAACCCAGGAUGACUUGGUGGUGGGCGGAUACUUAAUCCCCAAAGGGAUUCAGUUGGCCCUUUGUCACUACUCCACAUCUUUUGAUGAAGAGAACUUUGCUGAUGCUUCAGACUUCAGACCUGAUCGCUGGAUACGGAAAGAUUCCACAGAUCGUGUCGACAACUUUGGCUCGAUUCCCUUUGGCUAUGGCAUCAGGAGCUGCAUCGGCAAGAGAAUAGCAGAGUUAGAGAUGCAUCUAGCUCUCACAAGGCUCAUUCAAAAGUUCCACAUUGGCGUGUCUCCGCUUACUACUGAUGUCAAGGCCAAAACCCACGGUCUGCUCUGCCCUGCUGCCCCCAUCCACCUGCAGUUCAUCGACAGGGAAAACUAGACUCAGACUCCUCUCCAUAAGGUCUACUGUACUUUGUUUUUAAAGUGCUGAUUCGUUAUUAGGUUGUUGUUGUUUUUUAAAUACACUGCCUUUAGUACACCUUUCACUGUUAGGUUGUAGAUACCGAGCUGAGACUGAGGUUUUACUCAGGCAAGAAAUGUGUCUUACCUUUUCCUGUUCAUUUGUAAAGAGGACUCUUAUCCAGCAUGUAAAAGGCAGAUUGGACUAUGUAAAGUUAAGUUACAGCAGCUUGUGUCAUGGUGAAACGGGGCUCCACGGCAACACCAUUACACUAAAACACAAAAGCUUUGCAAUUUUGCAUUGUAAAAAAGCCUAGACUUAUGCUGAUCCAAUUUGAGAAGGAUCUGUUGAGUCCUCUAGGAGGAGUUUCAAAAUGUUCCAAAUUUAUAUGUUCCUAAAUAUGAGAGCAAUGCUCAAAUUUUGUGAACAUCAAAGGAAAUUUAUCCCAACCCUGGCGUAUGGAGCCUGCUGGCCACCCCGAGCCCAAUCACUGCAGAACUUUGCAAUUCUCGCCUAGGUUUAGUUCUUGUGAAUUUUCGAGCAUCCCUAGCUCCUCAAAAAUACGAUUGUGCAGCAGAAAAAUUAUAAUAAUAAAAAAAAUAAUAAUAAUAAUUUCGUUGCAUUUUCAGGGAUGAAUAGUUUGUAUGUAUUGUUGCAUUUCAUUCAUAAAAACUUUAAAUAAAGGUUUUCUGUUACA